UUGUGGUGGGUGAACGUAAGCAUACAUAGAAGAGGAAUUUAAUAAUAAAAAAAAGAAAGAAAAAUUUGGAAAAUUUAUAAGAAAUUAAAGAAUUUCUAAAAUUGUUAAUAAAUUUAUAGAAAUUUUUAAAAUUUAUUAAAAUAACAGUUCAUGAAUGUGUUCUUUAAAAUCGUGAGUUAAUUUUGUUAAGCCUAAAGCUAUGCAACACUUGUUAGCUACACACAUAUGUUAGCUAAUCGCCAGCAGCUAAGAAAAGUUUACAAAAAAUUUACGAAAUUUUUAAGAUUUUAUUGUGUUUAAAAGUUUGAAUUAAGUUUUAACAAUAUGCCGGGCACCAGACGCAUUAUAUUGGGCCAUGUGAUGUCCGGUUUGUGCAGUAAAAUGAAUCGCACUAAACCUUUACCCACCGAUGCCAUGGAGACUCCUUUAAAACGCUGUUUAAAUACUUUUGAUAUCACUUUAUUGGGUAUUGGCCAUAUGGUGGGUGCUGGCAUUUAUGUUUUAACCGGCACAGUGGCUAAGGAUAUAGCCGGACCUGGUGUUAUAGUAUCUUUUAUACUGGCUGGUGUUGUCUCCAUGCUGGCGGCUAUUUGUUAUGCGGAAUUUGGCACUCGAGUGCCCAAGGCGGGCUCGGCUUAUGUUUACACUUAUAUCUCCAUAGGCGAGUUUUGGGCUUUCAUUAUUGGCUGGAAUAUAUUGCUGGAACAUAUGUUGGGAGCUGCCUCGGUGGCAAGGGCCUGGAGUGGUUAUGUGGAUUCUUUGCUGGGCGGUUGGAUUGAGAACACCACCUUGUCGCUUAUAGGAGAACUACAGGAGCCUCAACUGUUUGCUCGUUAUCCAGAUAUUUUGGCUUUUUUGGUAUGCGUACUUUAUGCUUUGGCCUUGGCGGUGGGUGUUAAGGCCACUGCCUUAAUUAAUAGUCUUUUAACGGUUGUUAAUAUCGCUGUUAUGGUGUUGGUUAUAUGUGUGGGUUUCUGGUAUGCUGAUGCCAAGAAUUGGUCUCAAUCGGAGGGUGGCUUUUUGCCCUAUGGCUUUAGUGGUGUUAUAGCGGGGGCAGCUACUUGUUUUUAUGCUUUUGUGGGUUUUGAUUCCAUAGCUACUGCAGGGGAAGAGGCCAAAAAUCCCUCAGCUUCUAUACCUCUAGCUACUUUAUUGUCUUUAAGUGCUGUGUCCGCCGGUUAUAUAUUGGUAAGUGCUGCUCUUACUUUAAUGAUACCCACCAAUGAUAUAAACCCGGCUGCUUCUUUACCCGAGGCUUUUGGUCAAAUGGGUUUACCUUGGGCUAAAUAUAUAAUAACCAUAGGGGCUUUGUGCGGCAUGACCACUACCCUUUUAGGUUCUUUGUUUGCUUUACCACGCUGUAUGUAUGCCAUGGCUUCUGAUGGUUUACUUUUCAGCUGUUUUGGUAAAAUUAACAGUGUUACCCAGGUUCCCGUAUUAAAUUUAGCCAUUUCUGGUCUUUCCAGUGCUUUAUUGGCUUUGGUUUUUGAUUUAAGAAAUCUAGUAGAAUUCAUGUCCAUAGGCACCUUAUUAGCCUACACCAUAGUCUCGGCCAGUGUUAUAAUACUACGCUAUCGUCCCUUACCUAUUCUAGAAAACCCCAUAUACGCCCCUGAUACUCCCGAGAAUGAUGAAGAUGAUGAUAACGAUACCACCUCUCAGUAUAGCAUUGAUACCGCUUCCCCCACUAGUGAUUUAAUAGAAGGCAUGUCCGCCGGUCGCCUUAAACCUAAAUACAAAUGGUUAGAUGCCAUUUUAGGACGUUUUGAACCGGGCAGUGCUGUUUCGGCGGGGGUUUUAGUAUUCACCGUCUUAAGUUUUACUUUAUGCUUCCAGUUGAAAACUUCCUGGGCCGAUAGCAAGACCGUAACCUCCUGGUGGGCUUUAUUAAUGUAUGGUUUUCUUUUAUUUAUUAUUUUAUCUUGUGUUUUUGUCAUAUCCGUACAUCAUCAAAAUACCCGUGGCCUGAACUUCAAAGUACCUCUAGUUCCCCUACUACCCUGUUUUAGUAUAUUCUGCAAUAUUGCUUUAAUGGUUCAUUUAAGUUUCUUAACCUGGUUGCGUUUCUUUAUCUGGGUCUCGUUUGGCAUGUUAAUCUAUUUCGGUUAUGGUAUACAUCACAGCAAGGAGGGUACUGUCUGCUCAGCCUAUUCCAUGUUAAUGUCCUCCAAUGCAGAACCUAAAAAAUCUCCCUGGGGUGUUUCGGGGGAUGAUUUUGAUUUUCUUAUAGGAGCUGGUGGCUCCAGUAGCCGUACAGUAUUUCAACGUUUUAUAGGUCGUAAAAAGAGUGAUAAUCAACCUAUUGUGGAAGAAGAAUUAGUGGAUGAUGAAAGUGAUGAUAAUGAGGAAUCCUAAGCACAAAUUGUUAUAGGGGAAUAGGGUCUUUAAAAAAGGGAAAGGUAUUUUAGGUUAUGUUAUCAUAAGUUAUGGCAAAAAUUAUAAUUGCGCAAAUUAUUCAAUGUAUAGUGUAUUAUAAAAAACGGAAAUACAAUGCACAUAAGAAAACAGUGAGUAACAAAAGUGUAAGGAAUAUAUUUAUAAAACUUAACAGUUUAUUAAUUAAUUUAUAAAAUCUUUCAAUUCUUUUAAAAUCUAAAGUUUCUUUUAAAAAGUUUCAAAGUUUUUAAAAGAUUUUCAGUUUAAUUUUAAAGUAAGGUUAAGUUUUGUUAUAGAAUUUCUUCUUAAAUUUAUUUAACAAGGAUUUUAGUGUAUUAUUAAAGUGUUUGAGAGGAAUUUUUUCUAAUACUAAAACACUUUCCUAAUAUUCCAGCCCUCUUUAAUCCUAAAUUUUGGAAAUUUUAAACUUUUUUUAAACAAUUUAUCUAAAAGGCCAAAGUUUUUUCUUUUGUCUAGAAGACUGUUUUCUAUAGAAAAGCUUCU